GAACUUGAUUGAUGAAAUAAAAGGCAAAGAGGGUGGGAGAGUGAAGGUUCUAACUUUUGGCCAUGGAGAAUUGUUAUUAUGCUGAAGGGCCAAACUGGAUUAAUCAGUACCAGACUGCAGCAGCAGUGAGCAAUGAGUCUUCUUCUUUCCAAGUUCCAUGGCCUAAUGUCUCUAACUCUACUCCAUUCCAGUUCUGUGGAGGGUUUCCACCUUCAUGGUCUUCAACGGGCGAAGGGCUUGCCGAAGAAGAUAGAGCUGCAAGUGCUUCUAAGAGCCAUAGCCAAGCUGAGAAGCGUCGCAGAGACAGAAUCAAUGCGCAGCUUGCAACUCUUAGGAAACUGAUUCCCCAGUCUGACAAGAUGGACAAGGCAGCUCUGUUGGGAAGUGUGAUAGAUGAAGUCAAGGAUCUGAAGCGAAGAGCAAAUGAAGUGAGCAAAGCCUUGAUGGUUCCAACUGAAUUUGAUGAUGUAACUGUUAGUCAAUGUGAUCUUGUUCAUGAGGGUACUCCUACAAACUCCACCAGCAUUAACAAAAACAAGGACAAUAGUAUUAUGAUAAGGGUAUCUGUUUGCUGUGAUGACCAGCCGGAGUUGUUCAGGGAGCUCAUUCAAGUCCUCAAACGCCUAAAACUGACUGCAAUGAAAGCCGAUAUCGCCAGUGCAGGUGGCAGGAUCAAAAGCAUUUUUGUCCUUUGCUCCAAGGAUAGUGAAGAGACCGUCUCCAUAAGCAAUCUCAAACAAGCCCUUAAGUUGGUGUUGAGUAAAAUCGCGGCGUCAUCUGCAACGCCAAAUUGUCGAAUUAGAAGCAAGAGGCAGAGGUUCUUCUUGCCCUUCCAAUACCCAAAGUAGAUUUUUCUCAAGAAUCUUGAGUGUCCCUUUGAUGAUUUAAUGUGUUGAAGUAUUACCCCCUAUUGCUAAUUGUGUUCUUCCCCCGGGAGACACAUGAUUCAAUUAUGCAUUGUAUGGACGGAUGGAAAAGACAUAAGACAUAAGGGAGUAGGCACAAUAUAUAUUGAUCACGUUGCUUCCCUACCACAUGAAGAAGUGGAGUUCAUUCUAGGACCACUGAUUGUUUGCUUCAUUGAUAGCAACUAUGCCUUGCUUCCUCAUCUUCCUCAUCUCAACAUCAUCAGAAGAAUGAACAACAAUUAUUAGAUGAUUUGCUUAGCUCCUUGUCUUCUAAAAGUUUCAUUUUAUCACAAAUUUGCAAAAUUUAUGUCGAAAAGAAUAAUGCAUUUGCAAUCUACUCUUGUUGUUAUGC